AUGGGAGUGCCUUCAUUCUUUGCCUGGCUUACUAAAAAGUAUUUCGGGAUCACUAACGACUGUAAGAGAGGUAGUUCUAUAGAAAAUGAUGACUUGUCAUCUCCAAACCCUAAUGGAGUUGAGUAUGAUAAUUUUUAUAUUGAUCUGAAUGGGUUAAUUCAUCCUUGUUAUCACCCUACAGACCGACAAACACCAGAAACAAAUGUUGAUGUAUUUGUUUUAUUAACUCAGUAUAUUGAUUAUAUGAUAGAUAUAGUUAGACCAAGAAAACUUUUAUAUAUAGCAAUUGACGGUGUUGCUCCACGAGCUAAAAUGAACCAACAACGAAGUCGUAGAUUUAAGACAGCGUAUAAUAUGGAAAAUCAAAGUUUUGAAGAAAAGAAAAGUAUCUUUAAAGAAAAACCAGUUGAUUCUAAUUGUAUAACUCCUGGAACUGAAUUUAUGGAAGCUGUUAGUAAAGUUAUUAAAGCCUAUAUUAAGGAAAGAAUGAAUUCAUCUAAAUAUUGGAACAGUAUCAUUGUUAUAUUUAGUGAUUCAAGUGUUCCAGGAGAAGGAGAACAUAAAAUUAUUGAUUUUAUUAGAAGACAAAAGGAUUGUAAAAAUUAUAAUCCAUACAUAAGACACUGUAUGUAUGGAUUGGAUGCAGAUUUGAUUAUGUUAGCAUUAGCAACUCAUGAAAGAUAUUUUAGUAUUAUCAGAGAUAAACCAUAUAAUAAAGGAGAUAAAUGUUAUAUUUGUGGUGAUUAUCAUUCUCCAGAUCAUUGUAAAAAUUAUAAUAGAAUAGCACCAUUAGACCCAAUAACAAAACCAUUCAUUUUUGUUGAUUGUCAUGUUCUUAGACAAUAUUUAAAUAAAACAAUUAAAGUAGAAAAAUAUGAUUUUGAACGUUGUCUAGAUGAUUUUAUCUUCUUUUGUUUCUUAGUUGGGAAUGAUUUCUUACCUCGUAUCCCUUCUUUAGAUAUUCAAGAAGGAGCAAUUGAUAUUUUGAUUAAAAUAUAUCUUAAAUUUCUUCCAGAAAAUGGUUAUAUUACCGAAAAUGGAACCAUUAAUAUUAAGAUAGUUAAAAAAUUUUUACAUCUUGUAGGUAAAGAAGAGAAACAACUUUUGGUUAACAGAAGAUUAAGAAAAGAAAAAGAAGACCAAAUUUAUUUCGACAAAAGGAUGAGAGAAUUAGAUUAUCAAAUUCAAUCUGCUUUUGAGAAUCGAACUGAGGCAUUACCUCAACGUAAAACAGAAAUUAAAGUAAAGAGUAUAAAAGAGGUACAAUUAGCAAAAGAGGAAUCACAGUUGAUAAAAGAAAGUCUUGAGAAAAAGAAACAGGAAUUAUUUCACCAAAUAGAAGAGUUAAAAAAUGAUGAAAUACAAUUAGGGGAACCAGGGUACGAAGAAAGAUAUUACCAACAAAAGUUUCAUGUAGAAUAUAAGAAAGAAAAAAGUCUUGUUAUAGAAAUUAUUGAGUCAUAUGUUGAAGGACUAAAUUGGGUAUUUAGUUACUAUUAUGAAGGGUGUCAAUCAUGGGAUUGGUACUAUCCGUAUUACUAUGCUCCUUUUGCUAAAGACAUUGGUAAAUUACUUGAUCCAGAAUUUGAAGUACAAUAUACACAAGGAAAACCUUUCAGACCAUUUGAACAAUUGUUAUCAGUCUUACCACCUCAAUCAAAGCAUUGCCUUCCAAAAGAAUUUCGUCAAUUAAUGAAUUCAACUUCUUCACCAUUAAGUAAUUUCUAUCCUGAAGAAUUUAAAAUUGAUAUGAAUGGAGAAAGAUCAUUUUAUAAAGCCAUUGCACUGAUUGGAUUUAUUAAUCAAAAGAAAUUGUUGAGUGUUGUUGAACCAAUUGAAAAAGACCUAGGAAAAAAAGAUCAACAAAGGAACUCUAGAUAUGGAAAUGCUUUUAUUUUCAUAGGUAAAUCAAAUUGGUAUUAUAGAAAAGACAUCCAUCAGUUCAAGAAAACAGGCAAAGAAGCAUGGAAACAAAUAAAAAAAGAAAUUAAAACGUAUAUUUCAAAUGAUCAAAUUGUUCCAAUCAAAACAUAUAAACCAUUACAUAUUGAAAGUAAUUACACAAAACACCAAUUUGGUGGAUUAAUUAUUCCAGUACGUGGAAUGGAUUUAGGAAAAGAUAAAAGUAAGUGCUAUAUGUUAGGUUAUAUUCCACCUCAAUAUAAAAAUGGGCAUAUCUUUAAAACUAGAUACAUUGGAGAACCUUUAGAAUCACCUCAGUCAUUAGAUUCUAUAAAAGUUAAAUCUCAACCACAAAGAAAAUCUAUUAAACGUCAACGAGAUAUAAGAGAAUAUAGAUUAAUUCCUUUAACCCCAGACAACUCUGAGAAGAAAAAGUAA